AUGAAUGAAUGGUCAUUCAGGGUUGUUGAAGAAGACCGCAAGAGAUUGCAGGCUGAUGUAGAUCUGGCCGCAGCGCGAUUAAUGCGUGCUGGACGCCUAACUCAAGCCCUCGCUGACGAGAGGACAAGAUGGGAAGAUUCUGUCUCGUUGGCGACUAGGCAACUCCACUGUACCACAGGAGAUAUCAUAAUCGCAUCUGGUUGCAUAGCUUACUUUGGUGCAUUCCCUUCACACUAUCGACGAGAACUAGAAACCAAGUGGGUUCAGGAAUGUACCUCGUUGGAGAUACCGGCUUCAGAUACUUUCGAUUUGAUAACAGUGAUGGCAGACUCCUAUACGGUUCGAACGUGGAAUGCCCAAGGCCUCCCCCGUGAUUCAGUAUCUACGGAAAACGGUAUUCUGGUAACAAGGGCCGGACGAUGGCCACUCACCAUAGAUCCUCAAGAACAGGCUAACAGGUGGAUAAAAAACAUGGAAAGAGAAAAUGGAUUGAUGAUCACAAAGCUCAACGAUCAUAGUUUUCUACGAGUGUUGGAAAAUUGUAUUCGUCUAGGUUGGCCUAUGCUCAUAGAAGACCUGGGAGAGACCCUUGAAGCUACUUUGGCCCCGGUACUACUAAAACAAACGUUCUUGCAGGCUGGCAGACUUCUUAUUCGUCUUGGAGACAGCGACAUAGAGUAUGAUACGAACUUCCGACUGUACUUAACAACCAAGCUCGCUAACCCCCAUUACCUACCAGAAAUUUGUAUUCAAGUAACUCUGGUCAACUUUACCGUCACCCUAUCGGGCCUUGAGGAUCAAUUACUGGCAGAUGUAGUGAGAUUGGAACGUCCGGACUUAGAAGUAUUACGUUCCGAGCUAAUUGUAAGGAUAAAUACUGAUAAGGCGACGCUACUCGAGAUUGAAGAUAAAAUUCUAAGACUGUUGUACGCUUCUACUGGAAACAUUUUAGAUGACGAGGAGCUUAUAGAAACACUAACGAAAGUAAAGUAUGUUGAAGAAACUUCGGAAAUAAUUAAUGCUCGACUAGAGGAAACUGAGGCUACAGAAGUGAGUAUAUCGGCGGCCCGAGAGAAAUACCGUACCGUCGCUACAAGGGGAGCUGUAUUGUAUUUCGCUGUAGCUCAACUUGCAGAUAUUGAUCCUAUGUACCAGUUCUCGCUGAAGUAUUUUAAUCAGGUGUUCAAUCUCGUAAUAGAAAAAGCGGAAAAGACUGAAAUGACUCUAGAAGCUCGAUUGGAAUUGUUGCGGAGUGCAAUCACAUUGUCUGUGUACCAGAACGUAUCUAGAGGACUCUUUGAAAAACACAAGCUAGUUUUCAGCUUCCUUUUAAACAUGGCCAUGUUUUUACAUGCAGGAUUAGUUAAAACCGAACAGUUUAAUUUUAUAUUACGAGGAGCAUCCGGCACUAAAGUGGUACCACGAAAGAAACCGCAAAUCGAAGCUAUGACCGAUAUAAUGUGGUUAAACAUCAGCCACUUAGACGAAACUGAUCCCGACUUCCAAGGGCUUCUAAAUGACUGUAUGAGGAAAGUUCCGGUUUCUAUUGGUUCUUUCGAUUUGGAUAUUCAUAUCGACCCCACUGAUAAACAACCACCUUUAACAAACUGGAAUGAAAAACUGAAUUCAUUUGAAAAGUUGAUGCUUAUAAAGUGCCUUAAAGAAGAAAAAUUAGUAUUUGCUAUUGCGCAGUAUGUCGCUAUUACACUGGGCCCCGUAUUUAUAGAAAGUCCCACAGUACAGUUGAACACCCUGUAA